AUGGAAAUAACAGAAUUAGAUACUACUUUAGAAAGUGAACCAGGCACAAGUACGUCGUCUGAGAAUCUACAGGAGGCUAUUUGUAGUUUUAAUGUUGUAGAAGAUUCAUCUACUGUUAGUACACAAUAUCUUGAAUCGGACUUCUUACCGCAGAAAGAUCACACGUACGGGAAAGAAUGGACCGAUUUUCAGACUAAAUUGUCUCAAACAAAUAUAGUUUUAACGGAAGAUAAGGGACUUCAAAGUAAAUCUGAUGGAGCAACUAUGUCUGCUGCACAAAAUGUAUUAACGGACAAUGACGCUUUAUUGUAUACAGGGGUCACAAAAGAGGUCUUUUUCACGCUGGUGAAAUGCUUUACUCCUUUCAAUACAUUCAGUUUUCAAUUAGAGGUAGCAGAUGGAUUACUCCUUGUGCUCAUGAAACUAAAGUUAAAUUUAAUUUUUGACGAUCUAUGCAGAAUAUUUGAUAUAUCAAGUGGUUUAGCUUGCAAAACAUUAAAUUCGUGGUUUCCUGUGUUGGCAGAAAAGUUAAAGUCCUUGAUUGUUUGGCUCCCUGGACAAGCAAUAAGAGACUGUUGUCCCGAAUCAUUUAGGGAAAAUUAUCCCAGAACUACUUGUACUAUUGACUGUGCUGAAACAUUUAUUCAGAUACCAACUAAUUUAAGGAGUAGGGGUAAAACUUACAGCAAAUACAAGUCCCAUAAUACAGCUAAAUAUUUAGUAGGAAUAUCCCCACAUGGACAAAUUAUUUUCAUAUCCAAAGCUUUUGGUGGUCGUGCUAGUGACAAAUUUAUUGUAGAAAAAAGUGGAUUCAUGAAUUACUUGCUUCCAGGCGACGAGAUUAUGGCAGAUCGUGGCUUUACAAUAGACGACUUAUUGUUUCCAUUGAGUGUCAAGCUGAACAUGCCAGCGUUCACAAAAACAAACCUCAGUUAA